UUUGUAGGAACCAAUGGUGACUAAAUGGCGCGCAGCGGUGUGGAAAUGGGGAUUAUUGAAGCCGUCUCCUCCUCUCAUCCACUCGUUCCCCUCCAAAGAUCAUGUCUCCCUUCACUCAUUCCAUUUCCUCGUCCCUCAUUCUUCAACCCUUCAAAAUCCCUAAACCUUCGAUCUUCUCCGCGAAGCCCCGCAGAAAUUUCACUCUGAUUGUAACAUGUGAUUCCCAAUCCAAAUCCAGAAAACCCGCCAUGGAUGGCCGCAAACCCACCUCCAAAUUCCGUCGAAAAUCUUCAUACGGUACCUCAAGAAGGUCGAUUCUGAAGAAGACUUUCAGUCAGGAGCAAGUGACCUUCACUUCUGCUCUCUCCGAUGACCCCCUUAUUGCUAUUAUCGGCGGCGGCAUGGCCGGAAUAAUGUGCGCUCUGAGUUUGGAGAAAAGGGGUGUUCGAUCCACCGUCUUCGACACGGGUGUUCAUGGGUUGGGAGGAAGAAUGGGGACCAGAAGUCUUGGUCCUGAGCCCCUAAUCUUUGAUCAUGCGGCUCAGUUCUUUACAGUGACUGAUAGCCAGUUUGCUCAGCUGGUGGAUGGUUGGUUGGGUGCAGGUCUAGUUAAAGAGUGGAAGGGCGCUGUUGGAGAGCUUGAACUCGGUGGUCGGUUUGUUCCAUUGUCUUCCUGUCCAAGGUAUAUUGGUACGAACGGGAUGCGGCCGCUUGCUGACUCGUUGCUGUCUCAGACUUCUAUGAUUAAUGUGAUGCGGCCCUGCUGGAUAAGUAAGCUGGAGCCAUUUAAUGGAAUGUGGCACUUAAGUGAGAAUGGAAAACCUUGCGGGCACUUUGAUGCUGUUGUUAUUGCACACAAUGGCAAAUGUGCUAAUAGGCUGCUUGCAACAUCUGGCUUGCCUCUGAUUGCUAGACAAAUGAAGAGGCUAGAAUUGAGUUCUAUAUGGGCCCUCCUUGCAGCAUUUGAGGACCCUCUUCCUUUCACAGAUGCUGCAGCUACACCAUUUGAAGGAGCUUUUGUAAAAGGGGUUGAUUCCAUCUCAUGGAUGGCAAACAAUAACAAGAAGUUCAUGAACUUUCAGAAAGACGGGCCCCACUGUUGGACCUUUCUGAGUACUGCUGCAUAUGGGAAACAGAACAAGGUUCCACAGGAGAAUAUCCCAACUUCUACUGCUGAGAAAGUAAAGAAAAACAUGCUUGAGGGUGUUGAAGCUGCCCUGGGGUUGUCGAAAGGGUCGCUGCCAAAACCCAUUUACACCCGAGUUCAGCUAUGGGGUGCAGCACUUCCUACUAACUCACCUAGUAUUCCAUGCAUCUUUGAUCCUCAAGGAAGAGCUGGUAUCUGUGGUGAUUGGCUACUGGGUUCAAAUAUAGAAUCAGCAGCUCUAAGUGGCAUAGCUCUUGGAAAUCAUAUUGCGGAUUACUUCCAAAGUGGCAGCGAACGUUCCGAAGAAUUCGCCGUUGGUUUACAUAACGAGUUUCAACCCAUUGGAGGACAUGAUAUUGGACAAUUUCCAGGUUUGGGAACUGAAAAGCAGGCAGAAAGUACACUUGCAUUUCAGCUCACCACUUGAAUUUGUCCUUGCUCGACUCACGUAGUGUAGACCGUAACUCUGAACUACAGCAGGGAUGGAUCUGUCGUCUCUGUCGAUAUUUUUGAAGAAACUCGAAAUAGUAAGAUGCAGAACCGAGGUGACUCAACGACUCCCCCCUGAGAUCCAUCGCAAGCAAAUCAUUAAGAUUGAAGUUUGAAGGGCAUGAAGAUGGCGUCAUUUUUUUAGGGGAUAAGCAGAGAAGAUGUUGGCUAUAUGGCUCCCUAAGUUACUCCCUCUUCUUUGGGUAUGGAAUCUGAUACUUAAUCACUAUACAAACUUUCCUUCUCUCAAUUUUUGCUUUACAUUUUGAAUUUCAAUCAUCAAACCCCAAA